AUGACCUGUCUCAAGGUUCUUUUCACUUGUUGCAUCUGGUUGAGUCUGUGGAAGCUGCAGAUGCUUUCUUGUGCGGUAGGUGCUAAAGCUGUUGCAAUGGCUAGUGUCGCGUUAUCUUCCGUUCCGGAAUUUGCUGGAGAGGAUUCUGUCGUGGAAUUCUCUGUUAUUGGUAUGUUAAUGGGCCAGGUUUCCUCCAAUUGA